UCCGUAAUCCGUAUUUUUUGUUAUAAUCUUGUUAUUUACUCAAGUAAAUUAUAAUUUAUAAGUUACUGAUACAAUCAGAUUUCGAUGAUCGCAUGUUAAAAAAUGGACUGAAAACUGAAUGUUAUGUUCUUCGGAAUACAUUGUUUCUACAAAAAGACUUAGAGUCUCGCGCCGGUGUUGAAUUUAAAAAUGUUGAUCACGAAAUGAAUCGUUAUGGACGAGCAACAAUCUGUGUCCGAAAGCGUAGAGACGAGUUCAAUAUGUGAAGAAGAGAGGGCGAGGAAGCUGUUCCAAGCCUGUGAUGGCGAUGGCGAUGGUUACAUCGAUAGUCGAGAUCUGUUGACUAUUUGUCGUCAGUUAAAUUUAGAAGAUAGUGUCGAUGACUUGAUGAAAGAAUUGGGUGCUGAUAAAUCUGGUCGUAUAUCGUUUGAUGAGUUUGUUAGACGUCGUUUGGAAUUACGAACAGAAAUCGAUGCACUUCGUGUCCAUAUCUAUGACCCAUUACCUGAAUACUUGCCUACCAGUAGUGAUAAUAGUUUGGGAGCAUUAUCUGGUGGCAAACAUGAAAGCUGGGAAUUUGAUAGUGGUGCCAGAGACCUAAGUCCUGAACCAAAUUCUGUUCGUAUGCAAAAUCUACUACAAACGGGAGGAUCAGCUAACUCUGGAAAUUUACUACAUCUUGCUAAUAAAUUGCAUUUGGCUGCAUUGAAGUCAUUGAAAACUGAAAUAUCAGAUUUAACUAAGCAAUUGCAAUUGGCCAAUGAAAAAAAUGAUAUUCUUGAAACAUCUAUAAAUCAAAUCAAAGUUACAACAGAAAUUGAUAUAAAACAGAAAUACGAAGAAAGAAUAACUGAAUUGCAUUCAGUCAUUGCUGAAUUAGCCCGUAAGUUACAAGUUCAAAGAUCUCAGGUUAUUACUGAAGAAAUAGAAGAAAGCCAAUCAGAAAUUGAUGCUCAAAGUAUUGAAACAUCCUCAUUUAUUCAAGAAUCUAUUGUUUUAUCUAAAGAGGGUGACUGUGCAGCUUGUUCUGAUGAUCAUAAUAUACAUACUAAAUUGGCUUUAAAAGAAGAAGAAUUAGAGAAAACAAGACACAAUUUGAAAGAAGUAACUGAUGAAAAAGAAGAAUUAAUAUUAAAGUUACAGGAUACAGAAAGCAGUUUUUCAUCUGGUCCAAUGUCUCCAUCACGUUUAUUAAUGGAGACAUCUAAAUUAGCUGAAAAAGUAAAACUGCAAAAGCUUAUUGAAGACAGUGCAGAAGUCAACCUUGAAGGCACUAGUAUCUGUCAAAAGGCUAUAGCUGAACGUCUUGCAUCAGCUGCAAUUUCUGAUUGUAAUUUAUUAGAAUCUGGAGACAAAGAAGUUUUAAUGCGCCAAGUUGAACAAUUACAAACACGUUUAGACCAUGUACGCUCACAAAUGGCAGUUCUUGAGCUUAUGUUUGAACAAUCAGCUGCUCAAACUGAUAAGUUAUAUUUAAUAUUGGGAAAAUAUGAAUCAAACAUGAUUGCACUAAAAUUAGAAGUAGAGACAGGUGAAGAAAUAAUGAACUGUUAUUCAUCUUUAUUGUCCAUCUACGAUGGUUCAGCAAAUGAAGAAGAGAAAAUGAUGAAAGAUAAAAUCAUAGAGCUGUUACAUAAUUUAGAUGAAGAAAAGAAAAAAAUUGGAUCAACAGUAGUUGCUUUAGAAUCGUAUCAUUGUGAAGAAGAAACAAUUAAACCACGAAGUCGUAAUCAAGUAACUCGCAUUGAUUUAGAAAUGGCAGUUCUUGUACAAGAACUAAUGGGAAUACGAGAAGAAAAGAGUGAACUUCAAGAACGUUAUGCAGCAUUGCAAAAACAUAACUGCGAGUUAGAAAAACGUUUGGUCGAGUGCGAAGAACGGUCUAAAAUAGAUUUAGAUACAAUUCAAGCAUUAGAGCAGCAAUUAUCAUCUGAAGAUUUUGAUAGUAAUGCUAGUGUAAAUGUUAAACUACAGAAACAGCUAAAAGAUGUUACAACAGCAUAUCAACUUGCAAUAAGAAAUUCUGACACUAGACAUAAGCAAAAUAUUACAUUGAUUGAAAAACUCCGCAAUGAGAACACGACACUUGAACGGAGUUUGGAAAGGGCUAAACGCAAAUCUCAGUCACGUUUAAAGAAAUUGGAAUCUGAAAUCGAAAUUAUGGUCAGCACACACACUCUUCAGGUGAACAUUUUAAAAGAAAGAAUUGCUGUAUUGGAAUCAACCAUUAUGAAUAAUGAGAUCAGUAAAAAAAACGAAACUACUUUAUGAAUUUUAACAAACAGUUAAUUAGUUAUAAAUCAUAAAAUUAAAAUUUGUGCGAUAUUUUUUUUUUAUAUAUAUUAUAUCCUUAGCUUGAAAUUAAUAAGCAUUGCUAGGUUUUACUUCAGUUCCUUUGAAUAUAUACGACUUAAGUACAAUAUAGUAAGUAAUAUUAAGCCGUUAAAUACCUAAAUUAUAUGACUAUAUAUUAUGAAUAAUCCUAGACAUUUAUUAAGUUACAUUAUUUAUGUAGCUGUUACAUACUAAAUUUUAAUGUACUUAUUGUAUUUUUAUAACAUAUUAUUAACAAAACAAAUUAUAUAAUAAUAUAAAUCAAUUGUAGUAUGAAACGUCAACAAUCGAAAUAUUGAAAAGUAUGAAAUAUUGACAGUGACUAUCAUAAUUUAUAUAAAUCAAACUGUAGAUAAUUAUUAUUUUGUUAAUAAAAAAAAAAAAUUUUAUUUAAAGUAUUGUUAAAUGAAAAUUAUAAUUUUGGAAUUUUGUUUUCUGUUUUUAAAACAUAUUAAACAUUUUUAAUUAAAUAAUUUCAUAAUGUAUAAUAAUAAUAUUAUCGAUUGUAUCAUGGUUUACAAAGAAAAAAUGAUGUAUGUUUUUAUAAGUAUUUUUAAUUUUAAUUAUUUUAAUAGAUGAUUAGUUUUACUACAAAUAAUUAGUCACAAUACAUUUUAAUUUAUCAAUAUUUAUUUUAGUUUGUCAAUAUUUCAUUAUUUUCAAUGUUUUCAUAAUUGGCAUUUUUACUGUCUUGCUUUUUGACUGGCUUCCAUACAUACCUAGUGCAAUUUAUCAUGAUAGUAUGACUAUCAAAUAUAUUUGAUACUCAAAUUUUUUUUAUGUGUUUUUUCAACAUAGUUAAUAAUUUUGAUGUAGGCAAAAUGCUUUAUUUUAUAAUACACAUUUUUUAUACUUUUUUUACAUGAAAUAUAAAAUUGUGAAAAAAUAA